CUUGACCAAGUACAGCACCAUACCAAGUCCAAGAACCAAAUAUUCAAAACUAACCCCACCCGAUAUAUAAAGUCGAUGCACACUAAACAAUCAUAAUCAUUCAUGUAAAUUGAGAAGUCGCAAUGGAUUUUCACCAGUUCUUCGACUUCCUUGUGAUCCUCAAGGAAUCCAUCAAACUUCUUGCCAAAAACCUAAAACUCACUCUCUUCAUUCAUCGUCUUCGACUUCUCCUCCCUCUCCCUCGCGCGCGACAUGCUCGCGAAGGAAUCCUUAAUCCCGAUAUCAUCCUCUAACAGCGCCGAAUUCACUACCCACCUCUCCCGCAUCAAUCACAACUUCCCCUAUCUCCUAGCUGUCUACGUUGUUUUCGUGCUUUCUUACCUCAUCAUCACGCUCACCUCCACAGUAGCCAUAAUCAUAGUAUCCUCCGAAUCUUACUACAACAAGAGCUUAUCCUUAACCGAGCUGUCUUCAAGAAUAGCCAAGGUUAUAGGCUACGUCUUCUUCGCGAUAUCAUGGGCCUCCCCAUUUCUCGCAUCGUCCAGCAUGUCCAUGCUGGGAGCUGCUGUCUUGCUCUGGGCCGGUGCUUAUGGUUUCUAUCUGUAUCUGUGCAGUGUUUGGAUACUGAGUUUGGUGGUGUCUGUGGUUGAUGAAGACAGGAGUUGUGGGGUUGAGGCGUUGGGGAGAUCUGCAGUGGUAAUGAAGGGACAGAGAGUGAGUGCAUUUUUGGUGAAUGUUGUGUGCGGUCUGAUUACUUUAGGUGUGUUUUUCGGUUCGAGGAUGACGAGGGGUGAGAAGAUUUGCGGGUUGGUGUUGGUGAAUGGUUCUUGUUUUGUGAAGAUUUUCACGUUUGUGGCGUACACGGUUUUGUAUUGUCGGGGGAAGGGAAGUGGGGGUCAGGAGAUUGAGUUGAAUCGGAGUGAUGUUGAGUAUGCCAAACUGGGCAUUACUCCACUUGUUAAUAAUACGGGUUGAGAGGUUGUGAGUUGUAAUUCAAUAUAUAGGUAUUUAGUUUAUUUUUAAUAGUAGUAUUUAUUUAUUUUGAUAUUAUUGAUUUAUUUGUUUUGAAGUUGUUGAUUGAUUUAUAAUUAUUGAUGUAUUGAGUAUUGAAUAUUGUAAUU